CCACUACAAAUAUAAAAAGGUGAGAACCAAAAAAUCAAAUAUUCAAAAAACGACGAAACAAUCGAGACACACCCCCACACACACAUACACAAAAAAAAAAAAAAAACUAGUCUUCUUCGUCGACCUCGUCGGUAUAGUAGUAGUAAUAGUAGUCGGUUUGUGGGGGCAACCAAAGGGUACCAAUUUCAAGAAAAAAAAGUUAAAAAAAAAAAAAAACUUCCUCAUUUCCUCUUCCUCAGAAAAAAGGAGAGAGAAAAUAUGCCUUCCAUCUUCCUACCCACACAUUCUUAGAGAGAGAAAACUCAAAAAAAAACUAGUGAGAGAAAAUCUCUGUAAAUCUCACCUUCUUCUUCCUCCUCCAUCAAUAUAAUAUAUGAUGAUGAAGUUUUAAUUUCAUUCUAUCAUAACAAAAAAAAAAAUACCCAUUAUCCAGAAUCAAAAAUCAAAUCUACAUAUUUUCUCUUUGUUUCUGUGAAAACUACGCAAGAAUCGUCAAGAGGAAGAAGAAUGAGGCGAGGAGGAAGAUCAUCAACUGUGAAAACAACAACAAAUCAAGCACAAAAUGGAUCUACACCACCAUUAGAUCCAUCAUCAACAAACAUGAUAAUCAACACAACAAACAUAAAAUUCAGAGGAGUUCGUAAAAGACCAUGGGGUAGAUUUGCAGCAGAAAUUCGUGAUCCAUGGAAAAAAACUCGUGUAUGGUUAGGAACAUUUGAUUCCGCUGAAGAUGCUGCUCGUGCUUACGAUAAAGCUGCUCGUCAAUUACGUGGUCCAAAAGCUAAAACUAAUUUCUCUCUCUCUCCUCAAAACGACAACGUUUUACUCACUUCUCCACCAUUUUACCAUCAAAACGACGCCGUUUUAGUCGACCAUGAUGAAAUUAUUGUUGCUGAGAUGAUUCAACGUCCAGCUUCAAGUGGUAUGAGUAGUACUGUUGAAUCUUCACAUGCGAUUAAAAUUAAUCAUCAUCAUAAUCAUCAUCGGAAAGAGCACGUGACUAGUCACGUGCCGAUGGAUUGUAGAAGUGAUUGUGAUUCUUCAUCGUCGGUGAUUGAUGACGUGGACGGUUGCGAUGAUGAUAAUAUUGGGUGUUCUUCUUCUGUUUUAGCCGUUGGAUUAACGAGGAAUCAUCAGCAACCGCCAUUAUCGUUUGAUCUUAAUCUUCCUCCGCCACCGGAGAAUGGUGGUUUUUUUGGGUUUGAUGAUUUUCCGACGACUGCUCUUUGUCUUUAACAACGGUAAAGAAAAAACAUCGAAUAAUAAUUUGAUGAUAACGACGAAUAUUAUUAAUUCAAGUUAAAAAGUUUAAGUUUUAAGGUUUUAAGUUUUUCUCUCUUAUCUAUUUUAUGUUCUUUGGAAAUUUUAUGCUGGAAGAACAAGAAAAACAAAAAAAAACAAAAAUUUAAAUGAUGGGUAUGGAAAAUUAGAUGAAGAUCAUAUAUUAUUAUAUGAUGAAUUGAUGAUAUAUGAUUUGAUGGAUGGAUGGAUGUUAUAUGAUAUUAAGUUGGGAGAAAAGUGACUUGUAGUUUUUUUUUUUUUAUUUUUUUUUUUUAUGAUUUUAUGAUUUUCCCCCUUUUGAUUUAGGGGGGAGAAAAAGGGAUUAUGUGAGAUCUGAGGAUUUCAUGAAUUGAUGGUAAUAUGAAAUUUGGUGGGUUGGGAAAUUAGAUUUGUAUUACUAUUUAGAAAAGAAAGAAGAUCUGAUCUGAUGAAGAUGAUGUUGAAGGGGGGAAAUUGGUUGAUUUAGGUCUGGAUUUUAGAGAUUAAUGGUGAUAAUUUUUCUUCCCUUUUUACCCACCCUUUGUUGUUGUUGUUCAUCAUCACUUGUAUUGUAGAGAAGAAAAGGAAAUUUCUAUGAGAAAUGAGAAAAGAAAUGAAUUUCUUA